AUGCAGAUGCAGAUGGGUAUGGGUGCCGGUCCCAACAUGGCGUUGACCGCGCCCAAGGUGUACAAGCAGGAGCGCGUGAGUCUCCGUCUGCACAACCACGACUGGGCACUGGAGUUCGCCGAGAAGAAGCUGUUGGGUGAGCCUAUUUCAGUGAAGGCCAAGAAGUCCGCUGCCUCGUCGUCCAUCAUCUCAACAACCACCACAACCACGGAGAAGCGGUCGUCCAAGUACACCAAGAUCUCCAAGAGGAAGUAA